AACUUGUGCAUUCGCUAUACGUCUUGGCCGGCAACCUUAUACCCUCCUGACCUCUUGCAUUUCCACACCACUUCGGCUGAAAGCUCGUCAGAAAACUUCACAUUGGAUUCGAUGAUCUUCUGACUUUCGCCCUCUAGCCCCCCAACGUCCAUAACGUCGUCUGCCGCCACCUGUGUUCUUCGACUCCUGUCUUCACUCGUUACCGCGUUGUUUUGGCACCUUUCAUCCGCUGGCCUUCUUCUCUAUAGACAUCAACCAGUCGACUGGAUAUUGGCUGCUCUUCAGGCUCACGACUGGCUGGAAAGCUAGAGGAUACGAGUCCCAGGGACUGAAGCUGAACCGAUCACAAUGCGGUUCCUUCUCCCCGUUUCAUUGGUUUCCCUGCUGCUGUCGCCAGUGAUAGCAGCGCCACCGCCAGAAUACACACCUGAAGCAACUGGUGCGGCAGCCACUGGCUCCUCUUUAAACUCGCAAUCGAUACGCGGCGAAGAUUCUGAGGGAGCAGGAACAGUUUUCAAUGGCGUCAAUGUACCUCCUAUGAAGGAAAUCAACGGUGCGAAGUUUGACGAGGAGAUUAAGGACGGCUAUUGGCUUGUGGAUCAUUAUUCACCGUAUUGCCAUCAUUGCCAAGCAUUGGCUCCGAUAUAUCAGACGCUCUACGAAUUCUAUUAUACUUCAAAUCCUGUUCCAUCAGCCCCGGAACCUGCAGGUUCCUCUUCUCUAAACUCUUUUCGUCGGUACUACAAAUUUAACUUUGGCAAGCUUGAUUGUGUGGCAUACGGAGACACUUGCGAGAAGAAUGAUGUCAAUGCUUGGCCGACUCUGUCUAUGUUCAAGGAUGGCAAACUCCUCAAGGCUUUCACUGGCGUCAAAGAUUUGGAAAGCCUUAGCGCUUUUGUCGAGGAGACUUUGGAGUCAAUUCGGCCUGGAUCUCGACCGAAAGAAGGGUUACUGUUACCAGAGGUUGGCGCUUCUCAUGCUCCGAAGCAGGCAAAGCCCAAGCGCACUCCGAACCCUGCCGGCCAAUCUGUCCCACUGAACGCGGAGAGCUUUCAGUCUUUGGUCACGACAACUCAGGAUCCUUGGUUUGUCAAAUUUUACGCUCCUUGGUGCCACCAUUGUCAGGCCAUGGCUCCGACGUGGGCUGAGCUUGGCAUACAGAUGAAGGAGAAGCUGAACAUUGGCGAGGUUAAUUGCGACGAGCAGAGCCGCCUGUGUAAGGAUGCAAAAAUUUCAGGGUUCCCCACGCUGCUAUUUUUCCGGGGAGGCGAGCGUAUCGAGUACGAAGGGCUUCGCGGCUUAGGCGACUUGCAGAGCUUCUCUAGCAAGGCUCUGGCCAUUGGAGAAGGUGUGCGUCACGUCAAUGCUGCAGAGUUUGAAGAGCUGGAGAAACAGGAGGAAGUGAUCUUUGUGUACUUUUAUGACCACGCCACCACCUCCGAAGAUUUUGAGGCCCUUGAGCGCUUAACAUUGAGCCUUAUCGGCCACGCGAAGCUCGUCAAAACAGAUGACCAAUUGCUGGUUAACCGAUUCAGGAUUUCCACCUGGCCGCGCCUGCUUGUUUCUCGUCAAGGACGCCCAACAUACUAUAACGCCCUAUCACCGCGCGACAUGCGCGACUUCCGCAAGGUUUUGGACUGGAUGCAAUCCGUUUGGCUCCCUAUCGUCCCCGAACUGACUGCCUCGAACGCUCGCGAGAUUAUGGAUGGGCGUCUUGUGGUACUCGGUGUUCUGUCUCGCGAACGUUCUGGCGAAUUCACUGCGGCGAAGCGUGAGAUGACCAAUGCCGCUUUGGAAUGGAUGGAUAAGCAGACUCAAGCCUACCAGCUUGAGAAACAGGAGCUCAGGGACGCCAAGCAACUUCGAAUAGAGGAGGCCGAGGACCGUAAUGAUCAGCGAGGCCUCCGAGCGGCAAAGAGUAUCCGCAUUAACAUGGACGAUUUUGAGCGAAAAGAGGUUGGAUUUGCCUGGGUUGAUGGUGUUUUCUGGGAUCGCUGGGUUCGAACCACGUACGGAAUCGAUGUCAAGAACGGCGAACGUGUCAUUAUCAAUGAUGAAGAUAACCGACGAUUCUGGGACCAGACCAUUACUGGCAAUUACAUUGUUCCAUCGCGGACUUCAAUACUCGAGACACUUCCAAAAGUAGUAGCUUCUCCGCCCAAGCUUACGCCGAAAUCUACUGCUGGCAAGAUUGAGACCGUCUUUUACUCUGGACGAAGGCUGUCUUAUGAACACCCUUUCCUCGCGCUAGGCCUCCUCAUUGGCUUCGUAUGUGGUCUGUCACUAUGGGGCCGUCGCCGCAUCCGACGCGCGCGUGGUCACGGUGGCGGGUUCUUCCACCUCGACGGCAGAGAAGGUCUUCUUGGGGUUGGCGGAAACAAUGGAAAGGUGGAUUAAGCUAUUUUCUAUUGUUUCGAUUGUUUAACUUGGUUGUUUUGCUCUGUUUAAUUUUCCUGGAGAGUGGAUAGAGGUUCCCUUUUUUUUUCUCCUUUGCAUGCGCAACUUUUACAUUCUAACUACCUACCUACUUCAUUCUUCUUCUACUUCUACUUCUACUUCUUCUUCCUUGUAAUAGGUGUACCAAACUCUGGCCGCGCUAAUUGCGCCAAAUAUUUUGCGUGUCUCUAUUAGAAAAAGAGCUUUUUAAAUUCAGUGAAUAUCGUCUACUAUCAUGUCCCAUA